UGAAGUUAAAAAAGUAAAAAAAGUUUACACUCUGUAAUCUUUCUUCUUCUUUAAAUUAAGAAUAAAAUAAUUGAAAGGAUAUGAGCUGACUACGGAUUCAAUCAGAGAAACAUCAUAGGUGUGUGUGCGUGUCAAAACAUGUGAAAAAAGGGGGAUAUGUUUGAUAAAAUUAGUAAGCAGUCAGGUCUAUCAUAUCCUUUUAAACUGAAUCAAUUUUAGACACACCAUUAUUUUAAUUUUUUCAAAUUUUUCAACACACACACCUGUGAUGUUUCUCUAAUUGAAUUUAUAGUCAGCUCUAUCAUAUCCUUUUAAACUGAAUUAAUUUUAGACAUGCAGCUCAUUAUUUUAAUUUUUAAUUAUUAGGAUAUAUAUUUCUAGAUCUCUAUUAUAGAUUUCUGUUAUAGGUGGAGGGUUGUGGUUACACUAUUCUAUCUCAACUCUAAGGGCAAACUCAUGGGGAGAAGGGGGGAUUGAAAAUUUUGUUAAUUUUUAGUGUAAACUGUUUUUCACAUGUCUAUUUUCAAAUAGGUGCAUCCAUCAUUCACUUGUGAAAUUGGACAUGGUUAAGUUUGUCAGAAUAGAGCAUACCAAAUGUCUAGUUUUUAUUUUUUUAGUUUAAAAUCAUUAAAGCAUUGAGAAAUCAAAAUAUAAAUAUUAUUUUAUUCUACUGUAAGGAAUUGGGUGUUUACCAGGAAGGGAAGUCAACCUAGACCUUGAAUGCAACUGGUAUAUGGGUGGAGUCAGAUGCCUGGGUUUAGUACAGGACUCACGGGGAAUUUUUGUUUACGGAUUUUAUACUUGAAUAGACCAGCUUAUUUCCUACUUGUUCCAGGGGUGAUCUUCUUUACAAUGAUAUUUUAUGCAUUUGAUAGCUGUAUAGUAUUUUUAUUAUAUAAUAAAUAAAUACACUUUAUUAUGCAUUGUACUAUGUACCAGGGGUAACCUGUAUUUAACCUGUGUGCUUAGCUUCAAUAAACAGUAUAGCAAGAACUUGUAUUCUAAAUACUCAGAGAGUAGAGACCCUAAUAGUGUUUCCAUUUGAGUCUAUCACAUUAGAGUCAGAGGUGUUUUUGGAGUUAAUCAUCUAAGUUAUGAACUGAGUUUUACUCGCUACCAAAGUUUAUUAGAGUUGUUCUAGACUAGUGAUAGAGGUUCAGAUUUUUCUGGUUAGUUAGGCCUCAUUGAUCCACUUAGGGGACUAUUCUUGAGGAUAAGGGUAGUGUCUCCCUAUACUACAAUAUGGAAACGUGGGAAAGAUAAUUUUUGUUCUCAGUGAUUUUUAUUUCUGUACCUCAUUUUUAUUUUGAAUUUCAAAUUACGUACAAGAACAGGAAAGUAGAGUUUGUCUCGAAAAAGUAACAAUGAUUCAAGACGUAUGUCUCCUGCAUUUGGCUACAAAUUACUACAUGGUUAACCAUAGGUCAUGAUUAUCCCAUCAAAGGAGAUGGCAACUCUUAGGACUAAAAUAAUGUUCUUGUUGGCAGCUAUGUUUUUCUAUGGAUUAUUAGUUAUUAUGAUGCUUAAACCCCUGCCACCAUUAGGAUUGGAGAAUCAACAAUGUGUGAGUAAAUGCCAGCAAUAUUUAGUAGACUCAAUACCAUCUACAAAAACGUUGUGUGGUUUCCAUGCUGAAUCUAGAGGAGAAAAGCAGAAAAUUAUUUCCUUCUCUUUCUAUGGAGACUUGAAGUCAAAAUAUUAUGAUGGUGUUGCAAGCAAUCUAGACUAUUUAGAU